UUUUUGUAAAAAGUUUUUGUCUUUAGAAAAAAAAAAAAGACGCUAGAAAGAACGCGAAAGCUCCCGACGAAGAUUUGAUUUUGAUCGAUUUAACACGAACAACAAACAACAUCUGCGUGAUAAAGAAGAGAUUUUUGCCCAUUUAAGAAGAGAUUCGACUCUAAUCCUGGAGUUAUCAUUUACGAUAGAUUCUAAGAUUGCGACUAAAAAGAAGAUGGCUGUAUAUGAAAAAACCGGAAUCGAUACACCGAAGAAAAGGAAAUCUAGGGCUCGAGCAGAUGGUUCAACGGUGGCUGAUAGGUUAAAGAAGUGGAAAGAGUACAACGAGAUUCUUGAAGCUUCGGCUAUUAAAGAAGGAGAGAAACCGAAACGCAAGGUUCCUGCGAAAGGGUCUAAGAAAGGUUGUAUGAAGGGUAAAGGAGGACCAGAUAAUUCUCACUGUAGUUUUAGAGGAGUUAGACAAAGGAUUUGGGGUAAAUGGGUUGCAGAGAUACGGGAACCGAAUAGAGGACAAAGACUUUGGCUUGGUACUUUUCCUACCGCGGAAGAAGCUGCUGCCGCUUAUGAUGAAGCCGCUAGCGUUAUGUAUGGUCCAUUGGCUCGUCUUAACUUCCCUCAGUCUGUUGGGUCUGAGUUAACUAGUACAUCGAGUCAGUCUGAGGUGUGUACGGUUGAAAAUAAGGCGGUUCUUCGUGGUGAUGUUUGUGUGAAGCAUGAGGAUACUGAUUGUGAAUCUAAACCAUUUAGUCAGAUUUUAGAUGUUAGGGAAGAGUCUUGUGGAACCAGGCUUGACAGUUGCACGGUUGGACAUCAAGAUACGAAUUCUGUGCUGAAUUACGAUUUGCUGUUAGAGUUUGAGCAGCAGUAUUGGAGCGAAGCUUUGCAGGAGAAAGAGAAACCGAAGCAGGAAGAAGAAGAGAUACAGCAGUGUUGGAGCGAAGCUAUGCAAGAGGAAGAGAAACCGAAGCAGGAAGAAGAGGAGAUACAGCAACAUCAACAGCAACAGCAGCAACCGGAUUUGCUUACUGUUGCAGAUUAUGGUUGGCCUUGGCUUAAUGAUAUGGAAAAUGAUCAGAUUUCUUGGGAUCCUAAUGAGUUCUUUGAUAUUCAUGAACUCCUUGGAGACAUGAAUGAAGGCAUGUUACCUGGUCCCGAUCAGAGCCAGGACCAAAGCCACGUAAAUUCUGGUAGUUAUGAUCUGCAUCCGCUACAUCUUGAGCCACACGAUGGUCAUGAGUUCGAUGGUGUGAGUUCUCUGGAUCUUUGAGAUUUCUGAGGCGAUGGUCUAAGACUACAACAUAAUCUUCGGAUUGAUCAUAGGAGAAACAAGAAAUAGGUGUUAAUGAU